CCAAAUAUUUAAAUGUAUCUACUAUUACUAUUAUGAGAUGGAAUGGAAGCUUGGACUCCACCCCCCCGAACCUAACGGUAAUCAUGACAUUCCUAUAGGUGGUCUUGAUUAUGUAAUAUAAAAUAGCAGCUCAGUCCAGUGUGAACUAUUACCUAUCAGGCACACGAAUAAACAAGUUUUAGUUAAGACUAGUUAACGUAAAAAAUGCCAGUUGGUUAUCAUUAGUACAUGAAAUUGCACUUUGUUUUAUCUAGUUUCUAACUUUGGUUGUACAGUGCAACAGAUGGACCGUGUAUUUCCAAAGAACAAUUUUUUGUGUUUUUUUGACAGUCUGCAAGGUAACGACCUGUCUUUCACAUUGUAGAAUUGCAGUUGGCCUAUUUUCCAGUUUGUUUUAAGUUGCGCUCCUCCCCCAGCUAGUCCCCUUGAUCACGCAACUUAGUUUUGUUUUUUAUUCCCUGGCACCUGAAGAUAGGGUUACACUUAAUGUGCUGUGAAUCAGCGGUCCGUUUCCUUCGACAUGUUCACGGUUCAGCUCCUCUCUUCUGGGAAGCUUGCGCUUUUGCCGGUUUAUUCAACUGUAUCACCAUCAACCCAUUAAAUAUCAUCGCAGGAGUGUGGAUGGUGAUGAAUGCCUUCGUUCUGUUCCUGUGCGAGGCGCCGUUCUGCUGUCAGUUCAUCGAAUUUGCCGAUGUCGUUUCCAGCCGUGUGGAAAAGCUCAGCCCUUGGCAGAAGGGUGCUUUCUAUUGCGGAAUGGCAGUAGUUCCGGUUCUUAUAAGCCUUACCUUCACCACGUUGUUGGGAAAUGCGAUACCCUUUGCGACCGGAGUCCUGUGUGGUCUGGGAUCCCUGGGGAAAAAGGGGGGCGCUACGACUUACAACCAACUGGAUCAGCAGAAACGGGGCAAUGAAGAGACUGACACAUGUGAGGUGGUUGCUCUGUGACCCCUCCUCCCCCCCCAAACCUCGUAUCAGAAACCUGACCUGGUGAACCAACUCCACUGCUGCUGACCACUGCGACUGUACAGUGUGUGUGGCUGCAGAUUCCCCUGUCUUGGUGUGUGUUAGUGUCUUUGACAGUUGCAUUUGAUUUUGUUUAUUAAUAAAAGUUGUGUUCAUAUUUACACAACUGUGUACUGGUGCUUGUCACACGUCAUGCAGCGUGUGCCAUUCUGAAAGCACUACUCGGCGACCUACAAAAUGUUUGUAAAGAUGACUAGCUAAAUGUGUCUGUUACCUUUUUUCCACAUUAGUAAUACUGUCCACAGUAUUUGUAGUAUAACAUAAUCAAUCAAUGUCUUUCACAUUGGUAAGAACCGCUAAGCUGAAAAUACCAGAGUAUGUGCAUUAAAUGAAUACAUUCUGUUUUGGUUUCACUUUUUGUGUCUCACAGCUGAUGUAUUUUUUUCCCUCCUGAGUGUGUUUGCCACCUGGUGGCCAGGAACUAGUGAAGCAAUGGUACCGUCAACCGGCACAAUGGGAGAAAAAAGGCAUCACCAUAGUAACCUGAGCAGUGAGACCAUGCUGCUUCAUUUCUUAUUCAUCUUAACACAUCAGUAAUACUUGUUUGGAUGUUAUAUUCUUUAGUUUUGGUAAACAGACAUUCAAAGUGAGGGAAGUGAGUAGCUCAAGGGCUUGGGUCUGUGUUGGGAAGGUUGUGGGUUCAAAUCACUGUUAGCCCCUUGAGGUCCUCAACCCCGCCCCCUCCAGGGAUGCUGUCUGACCUGGCUCUCUGACACAAAGCUUUCCUCAUGUGUACAUUGCUAAAUUGAAAAAUGUCAAAGCAAAGUACAGAUUUAUUUUAAAGUUCACUGAAGCAAUUUGGGUUAAGUACCCCACAGUACCGCGUGGGCACCUAACGUCAGAGGAAAGGGAGCAGACAUCUUACUAGAAUUUUUCAAUAUUGUUCCAUAAGAAUACUGAAUAGUUGCUGUAACCAUGUACUGAAAACUUCCACAAUAACUGAAAUAAAUGACCACUUUGACAGUC